AAUUAACAAAAUAUAUAUAACUCAUACAUUUUUAAUAUUAUUUUUUACAAUAUUUCAAAUAAUUUUAAGUUAUAAAUGACUAUUUUUCAAAUUGACUUAACAAAAUUGGAAUGUAUAAGUAAGGAAGAAAAGGAAUUCAUCCUUUUUAAUAUUCUACUGGAAAUAUCAGAAGAAUUGGAAAAUUUCGAAUUAGAACAAUUAAAUAUAAAACAAACAGAAAUACUUCAAAUACUUUUUCAAAUAAUAAAGCCAGAAAUCCUAGUACCUUCAAGAAUAAUACGUAAUCAAUUAGGUCGUUGUUUCCAAAUACUUUUUUCCAGAAGUAAUUCUAUUUCAAUAUUCAGCGCUUUCAAUAUUUUACUUGAAAAUAUUUUAUUACCAAAAAUAGAAGAUUUUGAUUUACAUAUUAAGUGGACAUCGUUAAUUAUUCUUAAACAUAUCUACAUAGCUUCUAAGAAUAAGCUAUCAAUUCAUCUAAAUGACACUAUAGAUGCAACAUUCAAAAUAUUUAAAAUUUCAAAUAAUAUAAUUGAACUUCGCGAAUCUUGUUUCGAAACAUUAUCAGUAGCUCUAAAUUCUUGUAAAUGUAUAAUAGAUGAAAACAAAACUAAAAAAAUAUUCAAAUUUAUAAAGUUAGGUCUAUCAGACAAAACUGAUAUAAUAAAAUUAAAAGCAUUGAUGUGCUUUAAAGAACUUCUUAAGAUUUGUGUGCCAAUUUCAGGUUAUACAGAUAUUGAUACUGUCAAAAAUAUGACUACUAAAUUCAUUAAUAAUCAUGUUCUUUCUAUUCAUGAUCAAGCAGCAAAAGUUCUAGCUAUAAUGCUAAUAACGAACUCAAAAUUAGAUACAAAGAAUUCUAAUUUUUCAUUAGAAGAAAAUAGAGAAAUGCAAUCAAAUGGCAGUCCAGAAAAUGAAAUAUUACCAACAUCACCCAAAAAGUACAUAUAUUUUAAUUCAAACUCAAAAAAGAAAUAUAUAUUUUAUUUAAAAUAUAUAUCAGAUAUUUACGCUAAACAUAUAACAAAUUCUCAUAUAGAAGAAUUUAUUAUAAGUAUAUACUCAGAGUUUUUAGAGCAUUAUGAAAAAGAAUGGAUUAUAAGUCAUUAUAAAUUUAUUAUCAAAAACCAUAUUUCCGACAUUGCCUCUGUAAUUAAUAAUAUAAAAGAUAAAGAAAAAAUUUCAACAACUAGAAAUAUCAUUUGUCGUUUUUUAAGUAUUAUAAGAAAAAAAUUGGAUGAAGAUUCGCAAUUUAGAGCAUUGAAAAUACUAAACGAAGAAUAUCUAAGCAUAUGGCUUGAUGAAUUAGGCUUUACUCAAGCAAAGAAGCUUGUCCUAACGGGUAUAUUAUGUGAAAUAUCAAAAUUUAUUCUAACCCUCAGCAAUAUUAUUAAUACUAUUCGUGAAUCAUUAAGAGAUAAUCUCUUAUUCAUACUAAACUGCACAAGUCUAACAAUUCAGAAAUAUACAAGCUGGUGUAUUAAAUGUUUCGCAAUUACUAUUCCCAAUGAUAUAACAUAUUUAAUGAUUUUUUGCUUAAAACACAUCAAAAAAUUCAUAUCUACAGAUAUUAAUAAUAUCGAUUAUCUUUCAAAAUUACGUAUAAGGGGAUAUGCUCUGGCUCUUUCGAGAUUAAUUAGUAUUGGAAAACAAAAUCCUUUAUAUAUUUCAUCCGAUAUUUUCUCAGAGAUAUUUUUAAUAUCAUGUUCUAUUUUAAAAUUAACAAGAAAUAAUGCAAUUCAUACUAUAUUAAUACAUGUACAAAUAGCAUGGACACUGAUUAGUUCAUUAAUGAAACUUGGAUCAUCUUUUGUUAGAAGCCAUCUAUCUGAAUUAUUUUUAUUAUGGAAAGACACACUUCUAAACCCCUCAAUAAAUAAUCUUCCUCCAGAAGCAAAUCAAUUAGAAACUUUAUUUCUAUUGUAUACUCGAGAAUAUGCAUUAGGAUCUAUAUUUUCCUUUUUAUUGCAUAAUAAGGAAUUAUUAACAACAAACGUGUUAAAGAAAACAAGUUUUAUGUUAAACGAAACAAAUACACUCCUUAUUCUUCUUUCAAAAAGACAAAAAAAUAGUAUAUUUUUAGAUGAUUAUGUUCAAUUAUCUCAAGAAAUGCUAGAAAACAUGAUUCAUAAAAGGAUAUUACAAUGCUAUCUACUUAUUAUAUGGAAAAAUCCAGAAGAUAGUACACAAAAUGAGCUCAUAUCUCGUCUAAUCACUAAAUUUGCUAGUCCAUAUGUUACUAUAGUUAAAAACACAUUAAAUUAUCAAUCCUAUUAUCAUUUACAUUCUAAUCAAAAUAUUGAUGGGAUAUCAAGCUUUAUUCAUUUACAGGAUUUUUCAAAUUAUCAAGAAAUCUAUGAAAUUAAUAAUAUUGUGCUUCAAAAUUAUAUAUAUGUUCCAAAAGAUUAUGCUCUUAUCAAUAUUGGAAAUAAUUUGAACUUUAAUUUGCAAAAAAACAAUUCAUUACAACUUUAUGAUAUUUUAUCAUCUUUUGAUGAAAUUCCAUGGAAUCAACUGUCUAUUUAUAUAGAAAUCAUUGACUUAUCAAUCCUAUUAUUCGGGAUUAUUUUUUUAAAUCAAUCAAAUAAAAUUAAAGAAAGCAUUCUUGAGCAAUUAAUUACAUUUAUCACAUUAUCAUCUAAUAUUAAACCUUUUCAACAAAAAAUUGCAGUAAUUUGUAAUUCAAAUCUAGCAGUUCUUGGAAUCCUUCGUUUUAUUGAAAAUAAUGUAAAUCAAAUAAAUAACUUAAAAAAUACAAGAGCAAUAGAUCUGAUGGAACAAAUAGCUAAGCAUGGUACAAACUCACAAAAUCCUGCUAUUCGGAGAAUUUCAUGUGAAACUAUUGGAAGAUUAACAUGUUUACAAAAGAAACAACUUCUACCUUCUAUAAAAUUUUACAUGAGGGAGAUUAUUGAACUGGACAAUUCAGAUUCUCGUUCUAGUAGCGCUCUUUGUUUAGGUAGAAUAUUAAAUCAUUAUAAGAAAAUGGUUCCUAGUUCAUACAUUAGUAAAAUACUAGAUGUUUUGCAAUCUUUAAGUAUAGACCAAAAUUCCGAAGUCUGUUUUUGGGCCCUUGAGAGUAUAGCUAUAGGCAUUCAAUCUUUUGGACCUGAUAUGUCUUCAUAUUGUUUGAAUAUAUUAAAUGUUAUUUCAAAAAUAUAUAACAGAAUGGACUAUAAUACUAGCAACACCUCAAUAACUAUAUCUAAUCUGUCAUUAAGAUUUCCAAUAUUAUGCAAUUUAACAAGAUGUUUAAAUGCAAUUGUAAAUAUAUUUGGUCCAGAUCUUCAAAAGAAUACUGAAGCAAAAAAACUAGUAUCUGUAUUAAUAAGAGGCCUUCUUUUAGAAAAUAAUGAAGAGGUAUUAGCUGAAGCUAUAUAUUGCGCACAGCAUAUUUUACUAUUUUCAUCUGAUUUAUUAAACCCAUAUUUAUUCGUAAAACUUCUUCAAACAAAUAUAAUGUCGAAAAAUAAAAAUUUAGCUAGAGCAUCAGUUAAAUCACUUUACCAACUUAUGCAGCAUGAUACAUUAAGCGUUUUUAAAUGGGGAGAAAGUAAUCUAGAUGCAUAUAUAUGGCUAGCAUAUGAUUCAAAUCCAGAAAUUGAAGAACUAAAAAAUAUCAUUGAAAUAUGGUUAUAUCAUACAUCAGAUUCUCUACAAAAUUAUUGGAUUCAUCUUUGUUUAAAAACAUUUGAAAAAAAAUCAUCUAAUAAAAUUAUACAAAAAGUCAAUAAAAAUAUUAGUAGAAGUUUAAAAAAUGAGGAAUCUUGUAUAUUUAAAAUAGACGAAAGCUAUAAUUCCGAUAAUAUUCAAGAAAAAUUAAAGAGAUUGCGAUGGCAAACACAAAAAUUAAUGCUUCAGUGUAUCAAUAACUUAUUGUCUAUGGAAUUUUACUUUAAAAAAUAUUCAAAUUCACAAAUAUCUCAAAAAAUUUCAUCUAUGUCUUCUAAUAUUUCAAACUUAAUCAAAAUAGGAUUUAUGGCAUCUACUGGUAAAAAUUACGAUAUUCGUUUUGAAGGCCUAAAAAUUAUACAAAAAAUUAUAAAGAUAUUUUCUCCUUUUAAAGAUCCAGAUUUUCCCACAUUGUCUUUACUUGAACAAUACGAAGCACAGCUUGUUUCUGCCAUUAUUCCAUCAUUUUCAAGCGAUUCAAUUCCAGAGAUUGCAGUAUUUGCAAUGCAUAUUUGUUCAUAUUUCUUAACAAGUGAAAUAUUAAAGGAAAUUCCGAAGACAGGAAGAAUUAUAAAAUUGCUUUCAUCAGCCCUUUUAAAUAUAAAUAAUUCAGAAGAUACUAUUUCAAUCGGUGAUCUAAAAUGUUCUGAUAAUUCACAAAUUUUGCUUAAAUUAUCUAUUGUUUCAGUCUGGGCAGAACUCCAAAUUGCUAGUGAGCAUAAAACAUGUUUAAGUUUUAUAAUCAAACCAAAUCUAUCACUUCUCAUUCCUUUAUGGAUUACAUCCUUAAGAGAUUAUACCAAAUUCUGUUUCGGAACAUAUGAAUUGUCUAAUAAUUUAUCUCAUUUAACAUCACAAUCAAUAAAUUUCAACAAAAUAUUUUCUAAUAUAAAUAAUAAUGAAUUGUUUGAGAUUUGUAAUAAAUUUUGGAUAAAUAUGGUUUAUGCUAUUUCAAUUCUUCUAGAAUCAAAUAAAAACAUUAUUUUUGAAUCAAUAACUUGGUAUGAAUCAAAUAAUUCAGACAGCAUGAAAUUAGACAAAAGAACUAACCAUAAAAAAAAAACUUCCACAUUAUUUUUCUUACUUUUUGGAAUAUGUUUUGAGGCAUUACUACACUCUAUUCCAAACAAAAAAGUCAUAAAUACAGACAAACAAAAGCUUUAUAUACUUUCUGCUUUAGAAAAAAUAUUAAAUAUAUCUCUACAUAAUGAAAUUAUAUAUUCUGAUACCACUUUUUCAGAACUGGUAACCCUCCUUAAAAGAUUAUUAUUAACAGAACAUCCAAUUAUUCAAAUUUUAAUAAUACGAAUUGCAACAAGUUUAGUAAAUAAUUAUCCAGUAAAAAACCAAAAACAUUUUAAAAAUAACAAAAAUUAUUCGGACCAACAAGAAAAUAUGCCAAAUUAUCCAAAUAAACUACACGAGCUCUCAGAGAUCAUAAUAUUACCACUUAUAUUCUAUUUUCAACAUACUAACACUACUAUAAACGACUUAAAGGCUCAUGAACAUAUGUCAAAUUUGAUAAUAUAUUCUUUAGAAUCAUAUAUAAAAAUUAUAAAAAGAUUCCCACUUAUAAUUCAAUAUGAUUUUUAUGAUUGCACUUUUUUUAUAAUAUUAAAAUUAUAUUUCAAUGAAAAUUCUUAUCAUUUAAUUCCUAAAAUUCUUCCACUAGUUAAAAUUCUUUGUGAAGAUAUAUUAACUACAUCUAAAAUUGAUCAAAAAAGCUAUCAAAUCUCACAAAACUUGAUAGAAAAUAUUUUGGAUCAAAUAACAAGAAUAAUUCAAGAUUUACCAAAAGCAUGGGAAUAUGGUUUACCUUUGGCUACAGUGAUUAUGACAAUUACCGGACAAAUACUUCCCCCAAAAAGUAAAUCAUUCCAAAAAUAUCAUAGUUUAUUUACGAAAUCACCUACAAACGAUGAAGCGAAAAUACUUAUACAUUGUAUGAAGUCACUUUUAACAUCUUUUUCUUGUAUAAAACGCUACAUUCUCCAAUCUAUACUAUUUGCUUCUUUUAAUAUUAUUAAAAAGGCUUAUCUAGAUUUCAAAAAAUCAGCUAUAUUUGAUAUAGGAACAAACGCUUGCAAUAUUAUAAUCGAUCUUAUUAAAAAUAUAUCGGGAAAUAAUCAACAAUAUAUAGCUAUGGUGACAAUUAUGCCAAUAUUAAUUCGUUUUGCAUCUAACGAACAAUUAAAAUCAAGCCAUAAAAAAGAAAUUUCUUUUAAGCUAUUAUCUUUAAUGGCAUGUUUUGGUAAAAACUUUCAUCAGAUUCUAAAAAAAAUUCCAAAAAAGGAUUCAGAUAUGCUAAAGAAUUUAUUUAAAUAUACUUAUUCCUCUAUGCCUAUAAGUCUUGAGACUGAAUCAAAAAUUUUUAAAAAAAUUAAUAUAAAUUAA